GAGGAGGAUCCCGGAAGCGGAGGGCGGAUAAUGAGUAUCAGUUCGUGCGGCUGUUGUGCCUGUGGCGGCGUGGCAACCUUAAGGGAGGUCUCCGAUGGCUUCGUGGGUUCCGGGCGUCUGUGCUUUAUUGGCCUUGCUGCUAGUUCCGGCUAGACUGGGAGGAAUCGUCGCUGAUGACAGCGACUGGGUUAAACUACCCAAUAAAUGCGAAGUUUGCAAGUAUGUUGCUGUGGAACUGAAGUCUGCCUUCGAUGAAACUGGCAAGACCAAGGAGGUGAUUGACACAAAAUAUGGCUUUCUGGAUGGCAAAGGAUCCAAAAUCAAGUACACAAAAUCGGACAUUCGACUGAUUGAAGUGAUAGAAAACAUCUGCAAGAGACUAUUGGAGUACAAUUUGCACAAAGAAAGAUCAGGAAGCAACAGAUUUGCAAAGGGUAUGUCUGAGACAUUUCAAACUCUUCAUAACUUGGUGCACAAAGGAGUAAAAGUAGUGAUGGACAUUCCAUAUGACUUAUGGAAUGAAACCUCUGCAGAAGUGGCUGAUCUUAAGAAACAGUGUGAGACAAUGGUGGAAGAAUAUGAAGAUGUGAUUGAAGAUUGGUAUAAAAACCAUCAGCAAGAAGACAUUUCCCAGUUUCUAUGUGCAAAUCACGUGUUGAAAGGAAAGGACACCAGCUGUCUGGAAGAAAUGUGGACUGGGAAGAAAGGAGACAUGGCAAAUGCAGGGCAGAAGAUCAAGAAAAAGGAAGGCAAGGCAAAAAAGCCUUCAAAGAAUAAGAAAGGACCAAUGACUGAUCAAGAAACAGGAAAUAUGCAACCAAGCACAUUAGAGACACCUGAUCAGACUGAAAAGGAAGAUGAUGGUCAGAAAGUGACUUCACUUUCACACAGCACAGAUGAACUGUAGGAUCCUCAGAGGCAUGUUCCAUCCACCCUUGUCUUGUGGGUUUGCAAGCUUGUAUUUGGACCACUGAGAAUUGCUUUGGCCCAAGGGAGUUGCAAGAAGAUCCAUAUUGUAGUGAAGGGGAAAUGGAGAAAUGGGCAAUGAUCAUGAUCACUUGAAACUGAAUUCUUCAGUGUUACUACACCUCAGCAAAGGCAAGGUACAGGAAGCCAGCUUGUUACUUGUAUUCUUUGGUGGACAGUCAAAUUAGAAAUGCUGUGGAAGAUGCAGUUGUGUUUGCCUUUGGAAACUGAGUUUGCUGUCCUCAUUAAUUCCCUAUCCCAUCACUUUUGACUUUGUCUUGCUGGAUAACAUUGGUGAAAGAAGCAUUAGAAAUGAAAAGAAAGCAUAAACGAAGACACUCUGAUCCUGUGGCAGUUCAUUUUUCUGCAUUAUUCCUGGAUUUGGCUAUAACCUUCAGGUCUCUAACUUGUACAUUCUAUUAGGCUAUGAGAUACAUUUAGUACUACCCUUCCUUAUUAAACAGAACAUUGUGUUUGUUUGGGAGGAAUUGAGAAUGAAGGUUCUGUCAGGAUAAAGGGCAUUGAGUUUCUCUCUUGUUUCUUUUUUAAAGUUCUUACAACAAGGAAUUAGUUCUGCAGCCAUUUCAAUAAAAGGAGCAUUUACAGAUGUCUUUGUUGAUGCUUCCAAACCCCCAAAAUUUGUUUCUGGACAUGCUUACCAUUUCCUGAAGUUUUUUUUUUUUUAAAAAAUGUAGGGUAUUUUUUUGCAUGAUUUGUGUUUCAUUUAGUUCCUUCACUGACCUUCCACAUCUGUUCCAGAAAACGUUCAGUGUUCAGAAUGAUGUAACACUGUUUCUUCAAGGGAUUGAAAGGAAUGAGAUAACCGAAGACCUCCAGGUGCAAAGUGGUCAACUAAAGAUCAUGUUCAGACUGAGGUCAAAUGGUUGUUUUGUGUAUGAAUCAUUUAUGAGUUAUUAAUCUUUUAUUGGACAAAACAUAUUUGCAGAGUUGCUGAAAAGUGGUAUUAAAAUAAAGAUGCGUCCUGUAAGAGGAACAGUUGUCUCUUGACUUGUUUCACACAUUAUACUAGGUCAUAAACUUAGUUGUAUAUCAUUGUUAAUGGCUUAGAAUGUUGUGUCUCAUUUAAUAAAUAUUUAUAAACACACAUGA